AUGUCUUCUGCUCGUGAAAAAUUGGCCGAGCUGCGUGCUCUCCGUGCCUCCGGAAAGAAGCGUUUGGCGACCUACGAGAUUGAGGAACAAGGCGACAUCUAUGAGGAGGUUGACGAUGAGGGCUAUAAGAAAGUCAUUCGCAGUCGUCUAGAUGAAGACGACUUUGUUGUAGAUGAUAACGGCGCUGGCUACGCAGACGAUGGCCGAGAAGUAUGGAACGAACAAACGGCCGAUUACAGCGACGAGGACGACGAACUACCCGCACGCAGUAAAGUCUCCAAAAGAAAACGUGAAGAAGAAGAGAAACAGCGACAAGAGAAGAUUACCAAUGGUAUCUCCAAGUACUUCAACAAGGGUAAUGGUGCAGCAUCAGCUCCCAAGCCGAAGCCAGUUGCAUCUGCAGCGGAUGACGCUUUUAUGGCGGAUCUACUGGGUGAGGUAGAUACGAACGUCGUUUCCAAACGCGCCCCUACUCAGAACAUUAUCAAGUCCGAGGCACGUCGAAAAGUUCGCGUUUUGUCCCCACCUCUAUCCGAAAAGAAACGAUCAGAGAAAUACCAAGCAAUGGAUGAAAACGAAAUGCCAAGCUCCCCGGUAAAAUAUCAACCACAACUCCAUUCUGACGACAUCGUUCCUGUGGCCGAUGACGAUGAUGUGCACAUGAGUGACCCCAUGCCAUCAUCUCCCGUCACCAAGGCCGUAGAACGCAAGAGCAUGGUCCAAAUCAAGUCUGAGAUCUCAGACGAUGAGGAUAUUGACAUGAUGGACGUCACGGAGGCUACUGGAUCUUCCAGUGUCAAGAUGCAGAGCGUCAAUAUGACUGGUAGUCGACCACCUCCAAAGCUCAAGAAGGAGCCUCUCCCUAUACUAGCAAGCUCCUCUCCAACGAAAGCAUUACCCGAAGUUGUCGAACCUUCGUGGAAUAAUGUGAGAAGCAAGCUGAAUGUUCUAAGUAGCCCGGCUCCGGAAAUGCGCUCUUCUUUCGGGAAGCUGCGUGCUCAGGAUGUAGUUGAAGAAGAUGGCAGUCUUCAUUUCUUCUGGCUGGACUAUACUGAAGUUAAUGGUAGUCUCUGCUUGUUUGGAAAGGUGAAAAACAAACAGAAUGGCACAUAUACUAGCGCCUUCGUCAAGGUUGAUAAUAUCUUACGCAAGCUCUACUUCCUUCCCCGCGAGCGCCGGACAAAGCAUGGAAGGGAGAUGGAUGAGGAAGUUGGGAUGGAGGAUGUCUACGGUGAAGUGGAUGAGAUGAUGACGAAAAUGCGAGUGGGAAUGCACAAAAUCAAACCCUGCACGCGAAAGUAUGCAUUUGAAAUGCCUGGUGUUCCGAAAGAAACAGAGUAUCUCAAGCUUCUUUAUCCAUAUGACAAACCCACACUUCCAAUGGACGUCAAGGGAGAGACUUUCUCGAACGUUUUCGGUACCAACACUGCACUUUUUGAGCAGUUCGUUCUUUGGAAGAACAUCAUGGGCCCUUGCUGGUUGAAGAUCGGGGAAGCUGAUUUCUCUGCCGUCAACAAUGCUUCCUGGUGCAAGUUUGAGUGCCAGGCCUCUAAACCAGCACUUAUCACCCCGGUUCCAGAUUCUGAGAACUUGGAUAUGCCACCUCUGACGCUCAUGAGUCUUUCGUUCCGAACCCAGCUCAACAGUAAAGAAAAUAAGCAGGAAAUUCUCCUGGCUAGUGCCAGAGUUUACGAAAAUGUUUCUCUGUCUGAUACCACCCCCCCAGAGAAACUUCCCUGCAAAACCUUCACUGUAAUGCGUCCAUCUGCAUCUUCAUAUCCGAUGCACUUUGAGGCUGAAUGUCGAAAGCAACGAGGCACCUUCAUCCUGGAGAAGAGCGAGCAGUUCCUUCUCAGCAAAUUCCUGGCCUUGUUCGAGAAAAUGGAUCCGGAUGUGAUCAUGGGUCACCAAUUGCAGGAUGUAGAUCUGGGUAUUCUUCUCAGUCGUUUGCGAGAGAAUAAAACUCCCGGAUGGCAUCGUAUUGGUAGACUCAGACGUGGUGAAUGGCCUAAAAAUCUCAACAGAGGUGGCGGGGGCUUCUUCGCCGAGAGACAGCUUAUUGCUGGUCGUCUCAUGUGUGACGUUGCUAACGAUAUGGGCAAGGCAAGUUUUUCCCCAGAAGAAGAAGAAUGA